AACUUGAAUGAAAUCCUCAAGUUCCCAAAGGAAUCUACACAUGCUUACUCAUAUGCACAUCUUUCUCCAAACUCAUUAGCUGUUAGAUUGUCUAUAUUGAAGAGAUCUCUAGAGAUUCUUGUUGAUCAUCCAGAUCUAUUACAAAAAGAGGAUUCUGACCUGCUCCCUGAUGGUGGUGCCGGUAUAUCAGAAGCUCUGCAUCUAGAUAUAGAGAAUUUCAUAAGCCAAAUACAAAAUGAAGAUGAUGAAAAGUUUAAAAUUCAAUCAAAUGCUUCAUCUGCUGCUUUAGCCGCAUUGUUUACAACUCAGAAUAACUCAUCAGGCACUUCAACACCAAGAAAGCCUCCUUCAAAAGAUUCAACAACGAUAAACACUACACACCUGGGAUUGAAAUCACUUAUAAAUAUUCUUAAAGAAGACAAAUCAUUGAAAUCAGGUGAAUCUCAAAAGGAAUUGGCUAUGAAUUUACACGAUUUGUCAUUAUCAAACGUUGCAGAUGAAGCAAUGUCCCAACCAAUGGUUAGAUCUGAUUCAGAAUCUCAACUUAAAAUCAAAUUGAUGCAUGCUUUAGCCACUCCUUUUUAUGAACCCAUAGUUUCUACUCCAAUAAUAUCCUUACAGAAAGGUGCUUCAACAUUAGCAUUAUCCUCAUUAAAUCAACAACAGCAACAACAACAAUCAUCUGCACCAGGUAUUAGUGGCGAUAAUAGAAUUUUCCAUUCAAUGUCUCAAAAAAACACUUCACCACAAGCAGUUUUCACUUGUGAAUUGAAUGAUCCAUGGAAUUUAAAAGCUGCUAAUGAUCUGGCUUGUUUGAUUUUUGGUGUUUCAAGAAAUUCUCUUAAAAGAUUGACCUUGUUAGAUUUGAUUAGUCCGGAUUCAAGAGAUUUCGUAUUGAAUAGAUUAGUGAAGAAUUCAAUUGAAAGAAAUCAAGAGAUUAUAUUUUCUGGACAAGUUAUUGCAAUAGCGAAACCUGGGAACAAGUUGACCUGGGCUUCUAUGUGGGCUAAGAAGAAGGGAAAUUUAAUCAUUUGUAUGUUUGAUCAAGUCCCUUGUGAUUCUAUUGAUCUGGUUGCUUGUUUAGACUCUUUGAAAAUUGAAUUUUUUAAGAAAAUCAGUGGGAAUUCUUUCUUCAACAAUACGUUCUUAUCAAGUUUGGAUACAUUAAGUCAAUUACUCAAUAAUAUUGAAGAAUAUACAUCAUUGGAAGAUGAGAAUGAUGGGAAUUAUCAAAAUAUUCCCGAGGUUUAUUUACAAUCACAAUCAAUCAAUGUUCAAAGAUAUUUUACAUUGAAAAAAAAUGGGUUUAAUAUUCCAUGUGCAUUAUUUACUAAAAUCAUUGAUGAUAAUUUGAACAAAGUCAAAUUGAAAAUUCAUUCAUUACCUUAUAUAGCUGGAGUUUUCAUCAUUUCAAACAAUCCAACAAAUUAUAACAUUUUAUCAUUCAAUGAAUCAAUUGCGAAAAACUUAUUUGGGUUCCAUGAAUCACAAUUGAAACAUCAAUCAAUAACGAAAAUUAUUCCAAAUUUCCAAAAAAUAAUGACUAUUAUUUUACAAAAUUUCAAGAAUUUGAAAAUUAUUCCAGGAUUAGUAUUACCUGAACAUUUCUUUAGACAAAUGAAUUCAAUCUUAGAGAAAAGUGGGAAUGGUUCAACAACUAAUGACUUGGAAGCUAAUUUUUUGAACUCAAUUGGUAUUGAUGGUAAACAUGUUGACGGAUCCACCAUCAAGAUUGAUGUACAGUUGAGAUGUUCAAAUGUUGAUACAUUGAUUUUAUGGGUCACACAUUCAAGAUCAGUUUAUCAAAAUGAGUUGGAUAGUAAAGUCUCAACAGCACGUCCUACUAUGAAAAAGACAAGAUCUGUUAGAAGUGUUAGAAUUGUUGAUAAUAAAGAAGAAAUUGUUGAAGAAGAAGUUGAAGUUGAACAUGAUGGUUCCAAAGAUGAUGAGGAUGAAGAUGAAAUCCCAUCACAAUUGUCAAUCUUGAACGAGAAUGAAAUUCAAUCAGUUAGUAGAUCAUCUUCAUUAAGAUCUUCUAAUGUCACUUCAUCUUCAGAUUUAUCAACUCUGUCUAGUAUCAAGAAUGAUCAGUUUUCAAAUGAUGAUAUUGGUCAAACUUCAUCAAAUGAUCAAUUAAAUGAGACUGAUUUAGAAAAUUUUAAAGUCUUGAGCAAGAACAUGAAUGAAGCAAGUUUAUUAAAGAUUGAGAAUGAUACAAUUGAGAAAAAUAAAUCAAUAUCAAAAUAUUAUCCAAAGAAGAUUGGCUUAAAGAGACGUGAAAAAUCAAUUAAAGAGUUUAAAAUUUUGAAAAAUAUGGGUCAAGGUGCUUAUGGUAAAGUUGUUUUAGCUGAAUAUCGUAAAGAUCCAAAUUAUAGAAUUGUCAUCAAAUUGAUUAUCAAAGAACGUAUCUUGGUUGAUACUUGGGUUCGUGAUAGAAAGCUAGGUACAAUUCCAUCUGAAAUUCAAAUCAUGUCAACUUUAAACAAUAAUCCACAUCCUAAUAUAAUGAGAUUGAUUGAUUUUUUCGAAGAUGAUGAUUAUUAUUAUAUUGAAACUCCACAGCAUGGGUUCCCAACACCUGGUAUUGAUUUAUUUGAUUUGAUCGAGUUGAAGAAAUCCAUGACGGAAUUUGAAUGCAAAUCCAUAAUAAAGCAAUGUAUUAGUGCUAUAAAUCAUUUGCACAACAAUGGUAUUGUUCAUCGUGAUAUUAAGGAUGAAAAUUUGAUUAUUGACAAUAAUGGAGUUAUUAAAUUGAUUGAUUUUGGAUCAGCAGCUUAUGUGAAAACAGGACCUUUUGACGUUUUCGUUGGUACUUUGGACUAUGCAGCUCCAGAGGUGUUGAAUGGGUUGCCUUAUGAAGGUAAACCUCAAGAUGUUUGGUCUCUGGGUAUCUUGCUGUACACAUUAAUUUACAAAGAGAAUCCCUUUUAUAACGUUGAUGAGAUCAUGGAAGGUGAGCUACGUAUCCCAUUUGUCACAUCUCAAGGAUGCAUUGAUCUCAUUAAGAAAAUCUUGCAAAGAGACAUUCGUAAAAGACCAAAGAUGGCUGAUAUUGUUUGUGAUUCGUGGUUA